AUGCCAGGAAAGGUCGCUCCCAACAACUCGCUCGCUACCGAGCCCGCUCAGGGCAACCUCUCGUUUGUCCUCCAGGAAAUCGAAAACGUCUCGUUCGAGGACCGCCCCAUCGUCGCUCCCAAGCCGGGACAGGUUCAGGUCAAUGUCCGUCAGACCGGUCUCUGUGCCUCGGAUUGCCACUACCUCCACCACGGUCGCAUCGGCGACUUUGUGGUGCGCAAGCCCAUGGUGCUCGGCCACGAGUCGAGCGGUAUCGUCACGGCCGUUGGCGAGGGGGUCACUACGCACAAGGUCGGCGACCGUGUUGCUCUCGAGCCGGGUGUUCCUUGCCGUUCGUGCCAGGUGUGCUUGAACGGCAACUACAACCACUGCGCCAACCUCGAGUUUGCCGCUACGCCUCCUUACGAUGGCACGCUGUGCACCUUCUACAACAUCCAGAGCUCGUUUGCACACCACGUGCCUGAUGAUAUGUCGCUCGAGGAGGCUUCGCUCAUGGAGCCUCUUUCCGUGGCUGUCUACUCGGCUGCGAUGCGCGGGCAGGUUAAGGCCAUGGAGAACGUGCUCGUCUUUGGCGCCGGUCCCAUUGGCUUGCUCAAUGCCGCCGUCUCCAAGGCCUACUCGGCCAAGCGCGUCGUGAUCGUCGACGUAGUCGACAGCAAGCUCGACUUCGCCAAAGAGUUCUGCGCCACUUCGACCUUCAAGCCCUCGCUGCCCAAGGAUGGCGAGUCCAAGGUUGAGUCCGCGACUCGCAACGCACAGGACCUCAUUAAAUCGCUCGGUGACGACGUUGCUGCGCAGGACGGCUUCGAUCUCGUGCUCGAAUGCACCGGCGCCGAGCCGUGCAUCCAGAUGGGCAUCCAGGCUCUCCGUCCCAAAGGCCGUUUCGUCCAGGUCGGCAUGGGCAGGUCCGAAAUCGAGUUCCCCAUCACCCGCGUCUGUGUCAAGGAGAUCGACGUCACCGGCUCCUUCCGCUACGGCGCGGGAACCUACAAGACCUCGAUCAACCUGGUCAGCACGGGCAAGAUCGAUGUCACCAAGAUGGUCAGCCACCGUUUCCUCUUCAAGGACGCCAUCAAGGCGUUCGAGACCACAACAAAGGGUGUCGGUGAGGAUGGAAAGACCGCCAUCAAGGUGCAGAUCAGCCAGGGUGAAGGCAAGCAGUAA